UCCCUGAGCUAGCCUGUGACAAUGUCCAUGGCCGGAAGCAGUACUUUUUGGCUGCUUGUUCUGGUUUGCAUGAUCUUCAUCUUUCUUUUGGGUCGUCUCAUUCUGAAACAGUACUCACCCUUGUUCGUUAGUGUUUGUCCCUCUACGCCUAAAGGCUCUUUCGGGUGGCCUGUUUUGGGUGAAACUCUUGCCUUCUUGAAUUCUCAUCCUUCUAAUUCUCUUGGAGCUUUCCUUCAACACCAUUGCUCCAGGUAUGGGAAAGUGUUCAAAUCCCAUCUGUUCUUGUCCCCAACCAUUGUGUCAUGUGAUGAAGAGCUGAACUACUACAUACUUCAGAAUGAAGGCAAGUUGUUUGAAUGUAGCUACCCGAAGCCCAUCCAUGGCAUUCUCGGCAAGUCGUCAAUGCUGGUGGCUGUGGGUGACACUCACAAACGGCUCAGAAAUGUGGCCGUCUCUCUGGUCAUCAUUACCAAAUCAAAGCCUGAAUUUCUCCACGACAUCGAGAAUACUGCCGUUUCUGUUCUUCGCUCGUGGAAAGAUAAACCACAAGUCAUUUUCUGUAAAGAAGCAAGAAAGUUCACAUUCAAUGUAAUAGUGAAACAAGUGCUAGGUUUGAGCCCAGAUGAGCCACAGACCACACAAAUUCUUGAAGAUUUUCUGACUUUCAUGAAGGGGCUCAUUUCUCUUCCUCUCUAUAUACCUGGAACUCCUUAUGCAAGAGCUGUGAAGGCUAGAAUUAGGAUAUCUGCAACUGUGAAAGAAAUCAUAGAGGAAAGAAGAAGAAGAAAAAACGGAGAUGGGAUUAAUACGGAGAACUCCGUUAGUAGUAAUAGUGAUUUUCUUGAGAUUCUUCUGGAUGUUGAUACCUUAUCAGAAGAUGAAAAAGUGAGUUUCGUCUUGGAUUCUCUAUUGGGUGGCUAUGAGACAACCUCUCUGUUAAUGGCUCUGGUUGUUUAUUUUCUUGCUCAAUCACCCUCUGCAUUACAGCAAUUAAAGGUUGAGCAUCAGAAUAUUAGAAGGGUGAAAAAGAAAGAUGAGUAUUUGAACUGGGAAGACUACAACAAAAUGGAGUUUACUCAACACGUCAUAAAGGAAGCGAUGAGAUGUGGGAACAUUGUAAAAUUUGUGCACCGAAAGGCUCUCAAAGAUGUGAAGUUUAGAGAUUAUAUAAUUCCUUCAGGCUGGAAAGUUCUACCCGUCAUCAGUGCUUCUCAUUUGGACCCUUCUCUUCAUGCAAAUGCUCUUCAGUUUCAUCCUUGGAGAUGGGAGAGCGAAGAUCAAAUGUGCAAAAGAUUCACUCCCUUUGGUGGAGGAUCGAGAUGCUGUCCAGGAUCUGAACUUGGGAGGCUUGAAGUUGCAUUUUUCCUUCACCACCUUGUACAAAAUUUUAGGUGGAGGACUGAUGAUGAUGAGCAACCUAUAGCUUAUCCGUACGUAGAAUUCAUAAGAGGGUUGCCACUUUACCUGGAGGAUUGCCCCAUUUGAUCGCAAGCAACUACUCAUCGAUCAUUAUUCAUUG